UUGCUAUGUCUGUUUUCUGUUUUGUUUACGUUCUUCGUUUUCAAUUUUUGCAGUGGACGUAGUCAUUAGAAAUGAAUGAAAAAUAAAUUACUUAAUGAAAUAAAUUGAUCUUCAGUCUUCAGCAAACAUCCAUCAACAGGUGAACAUGGCACAGAACCAGAUGGAAAUUCCUUCCAAUGAAGAUAAAAAGGAAAUAAAUCAAAAACAUUUUGCAGAUUCAAUUUUAUUCGAAGAUUCGUCAUAUGUAAAUGAAGAAACAAAUUUUGAAGAAGUUGAUGUUCAUAUACAAGAAAAUUUAGAAGAUGAUUUUAUUAAAGAAGCCCUUAAGUCGGGAAUGGAUUUAAGACAAUAUUCCAGACAGAUCGAAAAAGAAUUGAAAGAGGUUGAAAAUGCUUCAAUUCAGGAUUAUAUCCAAGAAAGUCAAAAUAUUGCAAGUCUUCAUAACCAAAUCACUGCUUGUGAUGAAAUUCUGGAGCGAAUGGAAGAUAUGUUACGUUUAUUUCAAUCAGAUCUUGGCAGUAUCAGUAAAGAAAUUUUGACAUUACAACAACAAUCUGUUUCAAUGAACAUUCGAUUAAAAAAUCGCCAAGCAAUAAGGGGAGAACUGAGUCAGUUCGUAGAUGACAUGAUUGUUCAAGAAAGUUUAAUUCAGCAUAUACUUGAGACCGCAGUUACUGAGAAAGAAUUCCUUGAAGAUCUCCAAAUCUUAGAUCAUAAAAUAGCAUUUGUUAAAGAGCAGUCAUUUAAAGAUGCUAGAUGUUGUCAAGAUGUCAAAGAUGUUUUAGAAAAGUUGAAAAUCAAAGCUAUUGCAAAGAUACGAGAAUAUUUGUUGCACAAAAUUUAUUCAUUUCGAAAGCCAAUGACUAAUUACCAAGUUCCACAGAAUGCACUUUUAAAAUUCAAGUUUUUUUACCAAUUUCUGAUGACUCACGAAAGAGAUAUUGCUCGUGAAGUUCGAGAAGAAUACUUGGAUACAAUGAGUAAAAUUCUAUAUUCUUACUUUAAAAUGUAUACCAGCCGCCUUAUGAAACUGCAGUUUGAAGAAGUAGCUGAUAGAGAUGAUUUGAUGGGUGCUGAAGAUACUGCUAAGAGAGGUAUAUUUUCAUCAAAGCCAUCAUUAAAAAAUCGCUCCACUGUGUUUACUCUUGGAAAUAGAGGUACAGUUUUGACCACUGAUUUAGAAAGUCAAAUAAUCGUCCCACAUUCAGCACAGAAAAAUGAAACAAAGUUUACUUUCGAAAGCCUUUUCAGAAGUCAGCAAUAUGCAUUGGUGGAUAAUGCCUGUAGAGAGUAUUUAUUUAUUACAGAAUUCUUCAUGGUAUCUGGUACCAGUGCUUUUGACCUUUUCAAUGCAGUCAUGGGAAAGACUUUGGCUAUGUUUUUGAAAAACAUGGAAACUUAUGUUCAAGAUUGCUAUGAUUCAAUUGCACUGUUUUUAUCCAUACACAUUAUUCAUCGAUAUCAAGUUUUAAUGCAUAAGCGAAAUGUUCCUUCCCUUGACAAGUAUUGGGAAACGUUACUGCAGAUAUUUUGGCCACGAUUUGAAUACAUAUUGCGUUUAAACAUUGAAAGUGUUAGAGAUUGUGAUCCUCAAAAGUUUACAAAUAUAGAUAAGAGACCUCAUUAUAUCACCAGAAGAUAUGCAGAAUUUUCUGCUGCUCUUGUAGGCAUUAACGAAAAUUUUCCAAGCGAGCGAGUUGCAAGGUUAUUAGCAGCUCUUCAAGCAGAAGUAGAAAGUUUCAUUCUUCGAAUGGCUGCUGAGUUUCCAGACCAUAAAGAUCAGCUGAUAUUUCAGAUAAAUAAUUAUGAUAUGAUGCUAAAUGUUCUACUUGAAAGGACAAAAGAAGAUUCAAGGGAAUCUGAAAGUUUCAAAGACCUUUUAAAUGCCAGGAUUAUGGAGUAUGUGGAAGAGAUACUUUCACCAUAUUUUGGAGGAAUGAUGACAUUUGUUAAGGAUUGUGAAAAGUAUUUAGAGCGAGGGCAAAUGGACUGUCUAAAAAGUGAAGCAGCUAAAGUCAAUUCCAUUGUAAAGUCUUUCAACAGUGGGUGGAAAAAAGCUAUGGAUGAAAUAAAUGCUGAUAUCAUGACAACAUUUACAAAUUUUAAAAAUGGAACAAAUAUAUUGCAGACUGCUCUUACACAACUGAUUCAAUAUUACCACAGAUUUCAAAAAGUACUCUCACAGCAACCAUUCAAAAGCUUGCCAGUACGAAGUGAUUUGUUGAACAUCCAUCACAUCAUGGUAGAAGCAAAAAAAUUCAAAACCAAUUUUUAAUCUGUGUUGAGCCAAAUUUUCCUUCAAAAUAUUAGUGUAAAUAAUUGUACAUAAUUUGUAAAAUAAAAUUUAUUAUUAUACAGUUA